AAAAUGAACAUAAAAAUUAAAAAUAAUGAAGAAUAUGAAAAUAAACAAAAAAAAAUACAUCACUCAUCAAUCAUCCGAAAAUUCAUAAAAUACAUGAAACUUAGUUAGUAAUCCGAAGAGUCAUAAAGACUUUCUUAUUUUAUAAUUUAGUAUUUAAUUUUAAUAACAUUUUCUAUAAUAGUAGGCAUAACUUACAAAGAUAUAACACUAUCUAUAUGUGGUAUAUACACAUUGAUGCAUAUUUUUUCAUAUUCUUUUUCUUUAUAUGCAUUAAUAAAGGCAAAACAUAAUUAAAAUACUCAUUAUACAUAUGGCUAUACCCGUUAUGAGACAAUAUCAGCAUUUAGUACAUGCAUUUUUUUGAUAAUAUAAUCAUUUUUUAAUAUAAUGAGUAGCUUUCAUUUACAUAGUGAAGAAUAAGAAGAUCAUAAAGGGUAUGAAGACGAGGAAAACUAAUCGAAAAAAAUAUUUUUAUAUGCUAAAAUAGGAAUUAAUAUAAUUGGAAUUAUUUGUUUUUGGGAUUAUAAAUAUUUUUCCCUGAAUAAAAAUUUAGACGACAUAUGUAUAGAAACUAAUAAAUAUGCAUACUAAGGUUUAAAAGAGAAAUAAUUUUAAAUUUUUUCGUUGUAAUUUAAGAAUUUUUAAAAAUAUUUUAAUAAUAAUUAAGAAGAAAGUUAAUUAAAAAUGCUAGAAAAAAGUGAAUUCUUGGACAAAUUAUAAUUUAUGAGUUCAUUUGAAAAUUUACAUAGCGUUUUUUUGCAUUUCUAUAUUGAUUUUUUAUUCGAUUGUUAAUAAAUUUUAUCAAUUAUGAUUCGAAACUUUUAUUUUAGAAAUUCGAUACCAUUUUUAGUUAUGCUUUUUGUAAUUAUUUUUACAUAUGAGUUCACUUAUUCUCUACUGAGAGUUCUUCUUUAGGCUUCUCCAAUUCAAGAUGAAAAAGGAGUUAAAAAUCUUAGUAAAUAAAUCUCAUCUUUAAGUGGAGUUUCUUAUAUUGCUAAUUAAAGAAUUUGGGGAAUGACAGCAGGCUAUUUGGUAUAUUAUGUGAAUGUUAUCGCUAAAAAAAACUGCGAUUUUAAUUGUUUGCAUGAUUAAAUUCAAUGCAUUUUAAAAAAAAAAUUCUAUUCGUAUUGCAUAUAAAUUGACUUGAGUGAAAAUGAAUGA